AUGAUCUCGGUACUUGAGCCGAUGCGAAUUCUGCCACCGCUCAACGUCAUCGGCCGAUUUGUAAAGAAACAGAUCAAUCCACAUUGGCUGCUCUCUACCAGGUCAAACAUGAUGCGCCCACGCCCAUCGGUCUGCAGCCGGUGUCUCGAUCGCAGUCGGACUUUCUCAACUACAGCACAGCGUACACAAAAUAGUCACAAUGUACCCCUCCCGCCGUCAGCUGGGUAUAGCCGACUUACAAACCGCGGAUUGAUCUCCGUCACCGGCAUCGACAGCACCACCUUCCUCCAGGGAUUAAUGACGCAGAACAUGCUAGUGGCCAACGAUCCUCAACGAAAUAUCCGUCGAACAGGCGCAUACACUGCCUUCCUCAACUCCCAAGGCCGAGUCCUCAACGACGCCUUCGUUUACCCGUUACCCGGCGCCGAGGCCCAGGGCCCAGACUCAGGCUGGCUAGUAGAGGUGGACAAGGACCAGGUCCCGGUCCUUCUUAAGCAUCUCAAAAAACACAAAUUGCGCGCGAAGCUCAAGCUUCGCGCUUUGGAAGAAGGCGAGCGCACCAUUUGGUCUUCGUGGAAGAAUCAUGCGGAACCCCAGCGCUGGGCUGCUUAUAGUCUGGAAUCUGAUUCUGCAUCUCCUUUUUCUGUGACCUCCGAAAUCGCCGGGUGUAUCGACACACGUGCCCCGGGCUUCGGUUCUCGCAUCAUCACGCCUGGCUCGGACGGCUUGCGCACACAUCUUCCGGACGAGGCGCAGGUUCCCGGGUCCGAAGUCGAGCUGGACUCAUAUACAGUCCGUCGGUUCCUUCAUGGUGUCGCAGAAGGCCAGGCGGAGGUACUCAGUGGAUCCGCCCUGCCGCUACAGUGCAAUAUGGACAUGUCCCGCGGUAUUGACUUCCGCAAGGGGUGUUAUGUCGGACAAGAGUUGACGAUUCGCACCCAUCACCGCGGUGUGACCAGAAAGCGUCUUUUGCCGGUUCAGUUGUACGAUUUGGCUUCGGAUACGCAAAACGGACCGGAAACUCUGACAUACGAUCCAUCCGCGCAACUCACUCUGCCUCCGGGUGAAUCGGAUAUUGUCAAGGCCGGUGCCGCUACCCGCCGAAAUCGCAGUGCGGGGACUUUCUUGAAUGGAAUUGGAAACAUUGGGCUGGCGCUUUGCCGUCUUGAAGUCAUGACCGAUGUUGCCCUUAUGGGUGAGACUCCUGCCCGGCCCCACGAACAUCAGUUCAAGCUUUCGUGGACCCCAGAGGUAGAACAACCCAAUGAGGUUGGUGUUCGUGCUUUUGUUCCACCGUGGCUACGAGAUUUCAUUUCUGGUGGUAAAGAAGAGAAGCCUGCUCCGCGAAACAUCGAGGCUGAAGUUGCGCAGCGAGCGAGGGAGUUUGUUGAGCGGCUCGAAGAAGAAGAACAUGAAGAAGAAGAAAAUGGAGCUCACAAACAAUGA